GCAGACCCCCUGUGCGGUCCGACGAUCUCUCCGUCCACUAGAUUCUGACAUUCCCACGGUCAGCACUCUGGUAUCAAAAGGGCCUCGCCUCCAUACCAUUCUCGUCUUGGAGAGCUUCACCAACACAGCUCCAGAAAUCCCUGUACCGUCUCAGCGACGAUGAGUUGGCGUGCAGCUUCUUCGGUUCACAUGGAGCGUGCUCUUCUAGAGCGCUGCCCGAACACCUUGCUUUCGAGGCGUGCAGCCGACAACUGCAAGUCUCAGGUGCAGCCGAUCAAUGUGACAGACCUGACGCUCCCGAAGCGCGGGUUGCGUCCAAUUUCGACCUUGACAUCGCCUGCCUCGAGGGCAGCAUCCUCCCCUUCCAUGUAUACCAGUUUGGCGGAGAUGAUUCCUAUACCAGGCUCUCCCAUGGUGGAGAGCAUCGACACGCCCCGCACACCAAUGCGCAACCGUCUUGUGGAGAAGGCGGCUCGUGCUUAUCUUCUCCACUCUGAGUCCUUCGACAAGCGAAACCAGCAUAGUUCUCGUUGGACGCAGACUUUCUCUCGUUUCCUCCCUCGUUUCUCUGCCUUGACGUCCAUGGCCCUCAAUCCUCUCAAUGUCUUCAACUCUGCCUUCCAAGUUUUCCGUUUCUAUGUCACUGGCGCCCGUGCCCUGCAACCUCAGAUUAAAUCCACCGUGUCGCGUCCUGUUUCUCGUUCUAUCUCCAUGCCCGUCCGUCUGCCCUACUCACGUGACCUGAGCUUUCUGUGAGAAUUCAGUGCUGCAGUUUUGUAUUACCUAUUUGACUGCCAAGAGGUGUAUUGGAAUUCCUGUGAUGAUAUGGCGGAGAUGUUGCUGGGAGGGUACCGGGUUGAGGUUGUGCCGGAGGCGCGGUUUUGUUUUCCAAGUGCAAUGCGCGGACCCAGUUCACCGUUUCUAUUUCAGGAUUAAUUAAAACCCAGGUUGCGUUUCAAUAUAUCGGGAAGGGCAUCGUGGGUGGGCGUUCUUAAUGGGAGUCGUUCAUUGGUCUUGACGUUGUCUAUUAUGCGGAAUGUGUGCACGGAGUCAUAGGACCCUGUGCUCAGAUUCAGUGAGUGAUGCUGUAUUCGUUAGGGUGAUCGCGAAUCGUUGAGUUCUAGAAGAUUGUUUCUGUUAGCAAUACGCCGUCUCCUGGCUCUGAGAGCUGAAUAGCGCGGCGCCUUAUCUGGGUAUGCGCUAGGGCUCAAGGUGCUGGAAAUGGUGACAUUUCGGAUUUGUGGCUAGGGUCUUCUUGUAGUGUCCUGUAGCGUGUCGGUAAUACCACGGCGGUUUCGAAAUCUGACGCAGAAGUUACCUUCCAAGAUGGAGGUUGUCAUGUGCACUGUCGGUCUAUUAGGGUUGUCUAUGCAGCCGCGGGGAAAAACGUUGGACCUAUCUGAGAUGUCAUUUGACUUGUUAAUCGUUACAACGCGUCUUAGUCCUGGAACUUAUCUAUCAGCAGCGCUUGGCUGAUUUUACGGUCUUGCUAUGAAAGGUAGGUUGCUGCCCUGGUGGGUUCGGGAAUUGGAUGCAUCCUUGCUGUGUUAGCACUAUGAGUCUGCUCCUUGUUUAAUCGCCUUGUUAUUGUUUUUAUAUAUGCUUCAUGAGUGAAGCUUUGUGUAUGCUUCUUGUGUUUUUUUGUGUGUGUAUGUGGUGUAUGUUGUCUUGACAGGGUGUGAACGAUAGGAGUACCGGAGGUGAAUCAGUUCUUAGCGGUAUCGGAGCCUGGUGCUAAAUUUAUUCGUCCGGAGCCGGUCUGACGCAGUGCAGUGGAGUUCAGGAUCACCGGGGGACUGUCGGUGGAAUGGCGGAAUGGAGCGGCCUUGUCGAUCAGCAUUCGUGGAGUUCAGCCUUUUUGGAGGAGUUAACGGAGCUUGGUGGAAAGGAGCGAGCCUGUCGAUCAGCGCGCGAGAAAUUCUAGCUGAACCAAGGACUGGACAACCUUGGUGGGAUGGAUCGAGCUCAUCGAGCUUGCGUGCGUCGAGAUCAUGCUUGUGGAUGGUCCCGGCGGGAUGGACGGAGCCUGUCGAGCGUGCGAGCGUGGAACAAUUCCUUUCUCUGAACCACGUUGUGUCCCGUGCCUCUGCCUGGGCACAGUCGAUCUAAUCAUCUGUCCUGCUAUAUCAUGAACUCCACGCACGCAAGAUCCACCCACUUCCCCCGCAGCAUCUUCGGCUGAUAACUCCUUUUCGGCGUACACUGCAGGCGCAUCCGAUUUCGCAGCUUGUACAGUCACGUCAGGGGAUUUAUCUAGUCGCACAUCUAGGCCUGUCUCCUGCUAUUGCAGCAGCCUGGCCCCCAACCGGCCUAAAAAUCGUGUACCAUUUUUUGAUAGAAUUCAUUGGGGGCACAUUGCCCCAUUCCCAUCAGCGACUGGAAACUAUUUGCUGCUGUAACGCUCUUCCCAAAACUUAAUGCAGUAUUGCACAUUUUCAGCA